AGAAGAGGUAGUGCUGCACGUGUGGCAGCGCUCUACGUUCAAGCAAGAAAGUAUUCUUAUUUGCGCCUUGGAUUUGAGGUUUCACUGCAGUUGAACGUGUCCCUGUCUUCUAUCUAUUAAGCUUAAAAAUGCUUCGAGUGGCAAAAAUUUUCAGCCGGUGCGGCGUGUCGGGCGGCUCUUCUCUAUACUCUAAAGGUGCCGCGGUACACCUUGCCGGAAGUACAACCACGACAGGGCUACGGUAUAAAUCAGAUACACAGGUUAAAGGGGCUGUGAUUGGAAUUGAUCUCGGUACAACUAACUCUUGUGUUGCCGUAAUGGAAGGAAAACAGCCAAAAGUAAUUGAGAAUGCCGAGGGCGCGCGAACCACCCCAUCAGUUGUGGCCUUCACAAAUGACGGAGAACGUCUUGUUGGAAUGCCGGCAAAAAGACAAGCUGUUACGAAUGCCGCAAACACGCUCUCUGCUACUAAGCGUCUAAUCGGACGAAAAUUUGAGGAUCCCGAAGUAAAGAAAGACAUGAAGACUUCAUCCUACAAGAUCGUCAAGGCUUCAAACGGCGAUGCGUGGGUGCAAGCACAGGGGAAAAUGUAUUCCCCCUCUCAAAUAGGAGCAUUUGUGCUUAUGAAAAUGAAGGAAACAGCCGAGGGCUACAUGGGCACGACUGUAAAAAAUGCUGUUGUCACGGUACCGGCGUAUUUCAACGAUUCACAACGUCAGGCUACGAAGGAUGCUGGCCAAAUUUCUGGACUGAACGUGCUGCGUGUAAUUAAUGAGCCCACAGCUGCUGCACUUGCUUAUGGAAUGGAUAAAACAGAUGAUAAAAUUAUUGCUGUUUAUGAUCUUGGAGGUGGAACGUUUGAUAUCUCCAUUCUAGAAAUACAAAAGGGUGUAUUCGAGGUUAAAUCGACUAACGGAGAUACCUUUCUUGGCGGAGAAGAUUUUGAUAACAUUUUAGUCACUUUCCUCGCAAAUGAGUUCAAGCGUGACCAGGGAAUUGAUGUUACAAAGGACGCCAUGGCAAUGCAGCGUCUUAAGGAAGCUGCCGAAAAGGCAAAAAUCGAGCUGUCUGCAUCUGUGCAAACCGACAUUAAUUUACCUUACCUAACAAUGGAUGCAUCUGGACCUAAACAUAUGAAUCUCAAGUUGACGCGCUCAAAGUUCGAAGGGCUUGUUGCUGACCUGAUUAAACGUACUGUGGGGCCUUGUAAUAAGGCUAUGCAAGACGCGGAAGUGAAGAAGUCAGACAUUGGCGACGUUAUCCUUGUUGGAGGAAUGACUCGUAUGCCAAAAGUGCAGGAGAUUGUACAAGAGAUAUUCGGCAAAGCUCCCUCAAAGGCGGUAAACCCUGAUGAGGCAGUUGCAGUCGGGGCGGCCAUUCAGGGUGGUGUGCUUGCUGGGGACGUAACGGAUGUUCUUCUUCUUGAUGUUACGCCGCUGUCUCUUGGCAUUGAGACGUUGGGUGGUGUUAUGGCGAAGCUCAUCAAUCGUAACACAACAAUCCCAACAAAAAAGAGUCAAGUGUUCUCAACCGCCGCCGACGGCCAGACACAAGUUUUGAUCAAAGUUUGCCAGGGCGAAAGAGAUAUGGCUGAGCACAACAAACUUCUAGGAGAAUUCUCCUUAGUCGGUAUUCCCCCUGCUCCGCGAGGCGUGCCUCAGAUUGAAGUCACAUUCGAUAUUGAUGCGAAUGGUAUUGUACAUGUGUCAGCUCGUGAUAAGGGCACUGGCAAGGAACAGCAGAUUGUAAUUCAGUCAAGCGGGGGCCUGUCUAAGGAUGAGAUAGAAAAUAUGAUUAAAAACGCUGAGCGCUUUGCAGAAGAAGAUAAGAAAAAGAGAGAGGUAGUUGAAGCCGUCAAUCAGGCUGAGGGUAUUGUACAUGAUACUGAAACAAAGGUUAAAGAGUUCAAGGAUCAACUGCCUGCCGAUGAAUCAGCCCAGCUGUUGGAAAAAGUUUCAAAGGUACGGGAAAUGCUGGCUAAGAAGGAUGAGUAUACAAGCGAACAAAUUAAGGUAGCAACCCAAGAUCUUCAGCAGCAGUCACUGAAGUUGUUUGAAAUUGCUUAUAAAAAAAUGGCUGACGAGAAGUCGCGAAAUUCUGAUACUGGCACUUCAAAUGCGGCCGAGGCCGAGCACAAAGAAGAGGAGAAGAGCAAAAAUUAGGUUAUGAACCAAAUUACAUUAAACAUGUAAUUGUUUUAUCUCUAUAGCUUGGUCGGGCAUCGAGACUAAUAGCAUUAAUUAUCUAUGCUUCGUAUGCUGGUCUUUUAUUUACAAGCAUGUAUAUAUAUAUAUAUAUAUAUAUAUAUAUAUAUAUAUAAUGUACAUAGUUAUAAGCGUGAGCUAAGAGACAAAAAAAUAAUUUUAGAAUUUAAAGUAUAACGGUUGCAGCCGGCCAUGCGAUGAUUUCAUUAUGAUCAUUUCAAUGAAUGAAGAGAGCCCUUCUUAACGCUUUGGGCUCUGACAAGUGAUAGAAAACAUGUACACAAAUGAUGCUGAAACCCGUAUCCAAAUCGUUAAUCUAUAAAGGUCAGUUUUAGUUUC